AUUUGUCUAAAAUCAAUCAGCAAGAAAGCAAGCAACGAAGGAGAGAGGCCUAAGAGAGACGGUGCCGAAGCCAUUUUCACUUUCCGGCACAAAGGGCUCCAUUGGUUUGUUCUGGUGAAUACAAAUUCAUUAUCUUUUCUAUAGGUUCUCUAAGAUUUGGAACAAUAAAGGUUCAAUUUUGUCUCUAGGAGCAGUGAAUUUGAAGUGAUGAGUGGUGUUCCGAAGAGAUCUCACGAAGAGGGUAGCGUGACUCAUCCAUCUUCCUCUUCAUCAUCAGCCAAAUACCCUCACGAGGAUUCAGGAUCUUCUUCUUACCCUAAAUCCACUCACCCUCCCGUUACUCCACCACCUCCUCAAGCUCACCACCACCAUCAACAACAACAACAACAACCUCAAUCUCAUCCUCACCUUCACUCGAUCCAUUCUCACCCACCACCACUUGCUGCUGCUGCUUCUGCUCCUUCUCCUGGUUACGAGGUUGAAUCAAGAAUCAAGGGUCCAAGAAGUGAGCCUAGAGAUGGAGAGAGACGCUCUCCUCUUCACGGAGUGUAUCGGUCUCCUUCCUUGCCAGCGACGGUUUCUUCAAGUGAUCCUCAUUUGACUCACCACGCACCUGUGCCCUUGGAGACGAGAGAUGGUGCUAAGGUUGAGAGCAGAGAUAACAGGAGUGAUGGGAGAGAGGUGUAUGGUGAGGCCAAGAGGGAGAUUAUUCAGGGUCCUAAGGGAGAGAGGGAUGCUAAGUUUGAGAGAUCAUCAGGGGAUGAGUUUGGAGGGAAAGGUAAUACCGGAAGCUAUGCUAGGAAUGAUGGGAGAGGGGUGUAUGGUGAGACGAAGAGGGAGAUUCAAGGUCCUAAGAGUGAUAGGGAGGCUAAGCCUGAGCGUCUAGGGGAUGAUUUUAGUGGGAAAGUUAGUACUGGAAGCUAUACUAGGGAGAGUCAGAAUUACAAUGAACAGAAGGGUGAGGUUAAGAUGGAGAAGGAGGGGCAUGCUCACUUGCCUUGGAAGGAGCAGAAGGAUUAUCAUAGAGGGAAGAGAGCUGAAGGUGGCUCAAGCGCAAAUGUGGAGCCGUGGGUUGCAUCUCGUGGUAAUACUCAAGGCUCUACGGAGGUAGGGGUAAAAGAUUUAUCGGCGCCUGUGGAGGGACCACAUGUAGAAGGGCUUGGAGAAAACAAGGUUGAUGCAAAAAGCGAAGAUAGAUUUAAGGACAAAGAUAAGAAAAGAAAAGAUCUGAAGCAUCGAGAAUGGGGGGACAGAGACAAGGAUAGGAAUGACCGCAGAGGAUCUGUGCCUUUUGGUAGUGUAAUGAGCGAAACCAAAGAGAUUGGAAGAGAAACAGAGAAGUGGGAGCGAGAGAGGAUGGAACAGAAUGAUAGAGAAAGGAAUAAGGAGAAAGAGAAGGAGAAAGAUCAUGUAAAAAGAGAGCCACGGACUGGUGCUGAGAAAGAGGUCUCGCAGAACGAGAAAGAGUUGGGAGAAGCAUCUUCCAAGCCUGCAGAACAGGAACAUGUCGUGGCACCUGAGCAGAAGAAGCAGAACGAACCGGAGGUGUGGGAGAAAGAUGAAAGAGAAUCAAAGGACAAAAGGAGAGAGAGGGAUGGUGAUUCCGAAGCCGAAAGAGCUGAGAAACGCAGCAGAGUCAGUGAAAAGGAAUCUGAAGAUGGGUGUUUGGAGGGAGAAGGAGCUGCAGAGAGGGAAAAGGAUGCCUUCAAUGGUGGAAUUCAGCAACGGAAGAGAAUGCUGAGACCGAGAGGAAGCCCACAAAACACAAACCGCGACCGUGUCCGUUCAAGGAGUCAGGACAAUGAAGGGGUACAAGGCAAACUAGAGGUGCCGGUUGUAGUUUACAAAGUUGGGGAAUGUAUGCAAGAACUGAUUAAGUUGUGGAAGGAAUAUGAAUCCUCACACCCUGACAAAAGUGGUGAUUUUGCAAAUAAUGGCCCCACUCUUGAAGUUCGUAUUCCGGCUGAGCAUGUUACUGCUACUAAUCGUCAAGUAAGAGGUGGCCAGCUAUGGGGAACAGAUAUAUACACAGAUGAUUCCGACCUUGUUGCUGUUCUCAUGCAUACAGGUUACUGUCGGCCCACUGCUUCCCCUCCUCCACCGACAAUGCAAGAGUUGCGUGCAACCAUCCGAGUCUUGCCGUCACAAGAAUACUACACCUCCAAGCUGAGGAACAAUGUCCGCUCUCGAGCAUGGGGAGCUGGAAUCGGAUGCAGUUACAGAGUUGAGCGUUGCUAUAUACUGAAGAAAGGAGGUGGUACUAUUGAACUCGAACCCUCUCUUACCCACUCCUCAACUGUUGAGCCAACACUUGCACCAAUGGCUGUUGAAAGAUCUAUGACCACCAGAGCUGCAGCUUCGAAUGCUCUGCGACAACAAAGGUUUGUUCGAGAAGUAACAAUACAGUACAACCUCUGCAAUGAACCUUGGAUCAAGUAUAGCAUAAGCAUUGUAGCCGACAAGGGUCUCAAGAAGCCUCUUUUCACCUCUGCCCGUUUGAAGAAAGGAGAAGUUUUGUACCUUGAAACACAUUCAUGCAGGUACGAGCUCUGUUUUGCGGGAGAGAAGACUAUGAAAGCAUUCCAAGCCGCACAACAACAACACUCAUCACAAGAAGCUAUGGAGAUCGAUAACAACAAGUCACAGAACCAUCUUCCUUCAAACGGUGACAAAACAGAAUCAGACAACAGUAUAAUAGAUGUUUUCCGUUGGUCACGAUGUAAGAAACCUCUCCCGCAGAAGCUUAUGCGGUCUAUUGGGUUUCCACUCCCACCAGAUCAUGUCGAGGUGUUGGAGGAUAAUCUUGAUUGGGAAGAUGUACAAUGGUCACAGACUGGUGUUUGGAUUGCUGGCAAAGAGUACACACUUGCUCGCGUUCAUUUCUUGGCUCCCAAUUAAAUAAAGCUUUCAUGGUUUGCCUAUUUCCAAAUUCAAAUUACAAAAACGUUAAUGUGUCUGUCUUUGUUUGAUCUUUCUAUUGUUAAGAGAUAAUGGUUCCUUUGAGUUGUAUUGUGUUCUUCUUCCUGUUUUUUUCUUUCUUUUGUAGACUUUUAAGUCAAAUGAUUUAGUAGUUAACUUUGUAAUAAAGAUAAUCAAUCCAUUUGGAUUUUUUUUCUUUAUAUUGUGAAUCUUGAAUUCUUGAUUAGCUUAAUUAAUUAUCUCAAGUC